UGGCGUACCCUUUGAAGAAGCGCUUCCGGGCGCGGCCAUGUUCCCCUCCUGACAACGCUGCGUUGGAUCCCAGAACGCCUGAGAGCCACGACUCCGUAACAUCGCCAUGUUAACUCUUGGCUGACUGAGGCUUCGAAAGUGGCUUUGCACAUGCGCAAAUCCCUCCUCCCGGUGGACAGCCCCAAAGCCCAACAAGGGGCGGUGCUAGGGGUGGUGACCGGAAGCGAUUGCGGUUCCCUGCAGCGGUUUAAUAGUUGUCUGGAGGAUUCAAGGUUCAGUGCUGGAGGGGUGUGGAGGUUUCUUGGAGUCUCCACACAGUCCUGGACCAGACCCCAUAGUGAAGGCUGCAAGAUCUUCCUUCCAACCCCAGCAGUUCUGGCCAAUUCCGCUGACUUUACCAGACUUCAGACUUCUGGAAAGAGCAGAAUUGUCAGCAAGAGAGCCUCAGGGCCAAGUUCCCACCACCAAAAUAUGCCAGCUAAUGAGGACUCUCCCCAGAUGGUGGGAUAUACCAACUCCUGUGAGGUAUUUGUGUCAUUUGAGGAUGUGACUGUGGACUUCAGUAGGGAGGAGUGGCAGCAACUUGACUAUACUCAAAGAUGCCUGUACCAUGAUGUAAUGCUGGAGAACUACAGCCACCUGAUUUCAGUGGGGUUUGAAGUUUCCAAACCAAAGAUCAUCUUUAAGUUGGAGCGAGGAGAGGAGCCAUGGAUUUCAGAGGGGGAAAUCUCACAUCAGAGUUGUUCAGAUGAGAAGUUUGGGAUUAAGACUUCACAAAAAAGAAUUUCUGGAAAAACUACUUUUCACAGUGAAAUGAAAAGUAAUGAUAUAAGAGAUAAUUCAUUGGAUUCCAUUUUAGAAGAACUAUGGCAAGAUGCUGAACAGAUAAAGAGAUGUCAGGAAAAACAAAACAAACCUUCGAGUCACGCUACUUUCAUCAAUAAGAAAGUAUCAAGUACAGAGUGGGAUUAUGACUAUAAAGAUAUUGGACAAUUUGUGCAUGCAAGCCCAAAUCUUAUUCCUUCACAGAAAAGACCCCAUAAACAUGACUCAUUUGGGAAGAGUUUUAAGCAUAAUUUAGACUUACAUAUUCAUAGUAAAAGCAAUGUAGUAAAGCACUUUGAUAAAAUUAUCAGACAUAAUCAAAUUCGCACCCAGAGCUCUUCUUGUACUAACCAUGAAAAUACCCAUACAGGAGUGAAGUUCUGUGAACAUAAUCAACGUGGAAAAGUCCUCAGCCUCAAACACUCACUCAGUCAAAAUCUGAAACUUUCUGUUGGGGAGAAACCAAACACAUGUACUGAAUUUGGGAAGAUCUUCACCCAGAAGUCACACCUCUUUGUACCUCAGAGAAUUCAUACUGUGGAAAAAUCCCAUGAACUGAGCAAAUGUGUAAAUGUUUUUACACAGAAGCCACUGCUCAGAAUAUAUCUGAGAGUUCAUGGAAAUGAAAAACUAUAUAUAUGUACUAAAUGUGGGAAGGCCUUCAUCCAAAAUUCAGAAUUAGUUAUGCAUGAGAAAGCUCAUACUAGAGAGAAACCCUAUAAAUGUAAUGAAUGUGGAAAAUCAUUUUUCCAGGUGUCAUCUCUUCUCAGGCAUCAGACAACUCAUACUGGAGAAAAACUCUAUGAAUGCGGUGAAUGUGGGAAGGGCUUCUCCCUGAACUCAGCCCUCAGUAUACAUCAGAAAAUUCAUACUGGAGAGAGACAUCACAAAUGUAGCGAGUGUGGGAAAGCCUUUACCCAAAAAUCAACACUCAGGAUGCAUCAGAGAAUUCAUACAGGAGAGAGAUCCUAUAUAUGCACUGAAUGUGGGCAGGCAUUCAUCCAGAAGGCACACUUGAUUGCACAUCAAAGAAUUCAUACUGGAGAAAAGCCUUAUGAAUGCAGUGACUGUGGGAAAUCCUUCCCUUCUAAGUCACAACUGCAGAUGCAUAAGCGAAUUCACACAGGAGAGAAGCCCUAUAUAUGCACUGAAUGUGGAAAGGCCUUCACCAACAGAUCAAAUCUCAAUACUCACCAAAAGUCACAUACUGGAGAGAAGUCUUAUAUAUGUGCCGAAUGUGGGAAGGCCUUCACCGAUAGGUCAAAUUUCAAUAAACACCAGACUAUUCAUACUGGAGAGAAACCCUAUAUUUGUGCUGAUUGUGGGAGGGCCUUUAUCCAAAAGUCAGAGUUAAUUACACAUCAGAGAAUUCACACUACGGAGAAGCCUUAUAAAUGUCCUGACUGUGAGAAAUCCUUCUCCAAGAAACCACAUCUCAAAGUACAUCAGCGAAUUCACACAGGAGAGAAACCAUAUAUAUGUGCAGAAUGUGGGAAAGCCUUCACUGACCGGUCAAAUUUCAAUAAACACCAGACAAUUCAUACUGGAGAUAAACCCUAUAAAUGCAGUGACUGUGGAAAGGGAUUCACCCAGAAAUCAGUUCUCAGUAUGCAUCGCAAUAUUCAUUCAUGAAAGUAGCCUCAUUUCUUGAAAAUAAGAAAGCCUUAUCGCAGAGGUCAGAUCUACUGUAUGUUAUAAAAUUCAUCCAAUAUAUAGCCUCUGUGAAUAUGUUGUAUAAGAAAAAGUAUUCAUCAGUCUAUCUCACCGGAGAUGAGAAAAAUUUAAUUAGAAGAGAUCCUCUAAAAUGCAUUAUGAAGCAGAAUUUUCAUAUUUGCGUGGUAUCACAAAAUGUGAUAGAAUUCAUAUUGGAUAAAAUUCUGUCAUUUGAUGCAUUAGGAAAACCCUUCCUAAAAAAUAUUAUAAGACAAGUUAUUAACAAAUUCUGUGUAGGAAGGAGGGCACAAACUUAUGCAAAUGACAGUCAUGUUUUACAUUUUAUAUUAAGAGAUUUAAAAUGAAAGCAAAGUAAUAUAAUGGAUGCAUAGAGCUACUGUCUUUCCUGUAGGAUUUUUGUGGCAGAAAACAUUGCAUAACAAGAAGAACAAUUGAUCUGAAAUUCUUUUUUUAAAUUUAGAAUAAAAAAAUUGUGUCCAUCAGACCAGC